AUACAGUCGGAUUCUACUCUUUGUACGAUACUUUGGUCUGUGCCGUGGCUUGUACUUCACAGCUCAGCAGUUCAUUCUUUUGCUAUUUUUCGCAUUUUUUCAAUUCUGAAAUCAACGUUUUCAUUUUUAUAAAGCUGGAAGUAUAUACCGAUCAGAAAAAAAAAUAAAAUAUGACGCAAAGAAUAAGAACAGUUCUGAUAGACCUCAGUGGAACACUUCACGUAGGCAAUGACGUCGUGCCAGGAGCUGUGGAAGCCUUAGAAAGGCUCCGGAAUACCAAUGCAUCCAUAAAAUUUGUCACCAACACAUCAAAGGAGUCAAUGAGAUACUUGCAUGCUCGUUUAAAUAAAAUUGGGUUUGAGAUCGAUAAAGAUGAAAUCUUCAGUUCGCUCAACGCAGUUAGACAAGUAUUAAUAUCUCGUCAACUAAGUCCCCUGUUGUUAAUUGAUGAUGCAGCAAUGGAAGAUUUUACAGACCUUGUCAAAGACAGCCGACAAAAUGCCGUGGUUGUUGGAUUGGCACCUUCCAAAUUUCAUUACCAUGAAUUAAACAAAGCUUUCAGACUUCUUUUAGAAGGUGCAUCAUUGAUAGCUAUCCAUGAAGGACGAUACUACAAGCAUGAAGAUGGCCUGGCAUUAGGACCUGGACCGUUUAUAAAAGGCUUGGAGUAUUCCUCAAAUGUGAAGGCCGAGGUAGUUGGUAAACCUACAGCUGAAUUUUUCAAAGCAGCCUUAGGAACUGCAAGGCCAGAGGAAGCAGUUAUGAUAGGCGAUGAUGUGAGAGACGAUAUCGCUGGAGCCCAAGCACUUGGCAUGAGAGGAAUCCUUGUGCAGACUGGAAAAUACAGGGAGGAAGACGAAAACAAGAUAUCGCCAGGACCGUAUAAAGUAUGUUCGUCGUUUGUAGAAGCUGUCGAAGCUGUCAUACAAGAAAUAACUUAAGCAUUUUGGUUUAUAACUGGCGAUUUAGGUAAAAAAAAAAAUUCAUUUAGAAUUAAGUCAAUAAAAAGAGCGUUAAAAUAAUUCACCUGCAAAUUCAGAUUUUCCCAAGUCAUGAAUUACGCUAAUAUAAAGGGGAGGCCAUAGUUAAAUCCCGACCUUAAUAUAAUAUUAUAAAAUAUCGAUUAUACUUGUACGAGUGAUAUUCCGCUUCAAUUUGCCUAAAAAAGAACUCAUCGUUCCUAAAAUGACAGGAACAUUGCUCGAAAAAAAUUAGAAAUGUGGGGUAGAAUAGAAUCUCCCAUACAUACAUGCAUUAAUUGAAUUAACUGAUUAAGUUGACAUGAUAUAGCGUUGCUUACUUUAUUAUUAUUAUCAUUAAUAUAGUUCAUGGUUUUAUUCGUAAAACAAAAAUAUGUAAUAAGUUUUCAAAUUAGCAUAAAACUGAGGUCAGUAUUUCAACGUGGACUUUUAUUCCACACUGGGCAUUUUACCUCUGCUUCCCAUAUGUUGGCACAGGUAUAAUAAAACUAGCAGAUUGCUAAAUUAACGUUGGAUAUAGUUGCCUUUAUUAUAAAGAAUGCAUGUUGUUAUAAUAAAAGCUUCAGCAAGAAGAAAAACGUUUAUAUAGUUACGAUACAAUAUGGCGUCUGCCACGAAUAUUUGAAUACAUUUCUAACACCAUAUAAUUUCAUUCAGUUAUUACUUCGGAAUAACGAAAUGACAGAUUUCAAAACCCAAUUUGAUGAUAUUCAAUUAAUUAAAAAAAAAAUAAAAAAUGAAGCACUUCAGACCAUGACAAUGAAAUUGCGUCUGUAAAUUAAAAAACUACUUUCUGACGAGUAUACUAUUUUUGGUAUCCCUCAAUGUUUGUCCGGUUCUCCUUUUCCAUACCCUCAUCACAAUAUAAACUGUAAGUAAUAAGUUCGAGUGGUUAAUAUGAAUAACUUUUUAGUUUUCAACACCUUUGGUGAUAUAAGAAAAGGAUUGGUUUCGGUCGAAAAUUGCUUUUUCUUAUUCCUGUUACGUCCCAGCCGAUAAUUACGGCUGCACCCUCUCUGUAUCGUAACUUACCGGCGUGCAAUUAUCAUAAGAGAGCACACA